AUUCUGAAAAAAUAAGGACUCAGUUCACUUCCAACGACUCCGCAUCAGUGUGGAAAAGUCUAAAGAAGAUCACCAAUUACAAGACACCACCCCCCAGCACUGUAGAGAAUCAACGACUGGCAGACGAUCUGAACGAGUUUUACUGCAGGUUUGAAAGAACACCCAUCACCUGCCCUGAACGCCUCCCCACACAACCAUUCACACCCUUCACAACUCCUGCAACCAGACCCAAAUGCCUCUCCAAACAACCGUUCACACCAUUAACAGCUCCUGCAACCCAUCCUGAACACCUCUCCAAUCAAGCACUCUCACCAUUCACACCUCCUGCAUCCCCCCUCUCAGGUGGGGCACCUGCAAUUCAGAUCAGUGAGGAUGCGGUGCGCCAGGUCUUCCGGAAGCAGAAAAGGAAAAAAGCACCAGGCCCAGAUUGUGUAACACCAGCCUGUCUGAAAUCCUGUGCUGACAAGCUGGCCCCCAUCUUCACACAGAUCUUCAACAGAUCCCUGGAGCUGUGCGAAGUCCCUUCAUGCUUCAAACGUUCCACCAUCAUCCCCAUCCCUAAGAAACCCAAAAUUACAGGACUAAAUGACUACAGGCCUGUGGCUCUAACGUCUGUAGUCAUGAAGUCAUUUGAAAAACUGGUGCUGGGCCACCUGAAGGACAUCACUAGAGCAGGAGGGAGCUCCAAAAGAAUUGGACAUUUCCUACAGGUCUACAUGUAAGGGGAAUCAGUUGGAUAGUGAAUGGAAGGAGAAAGGAGAAUGUCAAGGCAUUAAACAUGAGCUGAUUACAUUCAAUGUACGUUUGAAUGCGUCUGCAUGUCUGACGAAGCCUCAGACAUUUCGGAUCAAAAUGAAAGGCAUCAAUGAGGAGGUGAAGAUCACAGUGCAUACAGAGUGUGACUGUGACUGUGGUGUUCCAGAGGAGGAUUCCAAACACUGCAGCAGUAAUGGAAUACUCUCAUGCGGAGCGUGCAGCUGUAAUGAAAAGUUUUUGGGUCAGCGCUGCGAGUGUAAACAACAGACUGAUGCAGACUCCACCAGCAAAAUGCAGGCAUCCUGUCGGCCUCGCAACAGCUCAGUGACUUGCAGUGGACAUGGCUCCUGUGAGUGUGGCAAGUGUAUGUGCCAAGGCCAUUACAGUGGGAAAUUCUGCGAAUGUGAUGACUCUAGUUGUGAAUACCAUGAUAACAAGCUCUGUAAUGGUAAAGGCAGAUGUAAGUGUGGGAAAUGUGUCUGCAGUCAUGACUACACGGGGCCUGCAUGCCAUUGCUCACCUAGCCAAGACAAAUGUAUGAAUAACAAUCUACUUUGCAGUGGUCAAGGCAAAUGCACUUGCAACGUUUGUAAGUGUAACGAAGGAUUCAAGGGAGAGAACUGUUCUGCAUUCACUAAUGAGUGCACGCCGUUGAAGGGUUGUGUGGCAUGUCAUGUAAAUGCUGGUACUUCUGAUACCAAUGCCUGUGCUGUAAAAUGUUUGAAUGCUACAGUAUCUCGUCUUGUUGGCACUCAUGAGCUGCGUUGCACAUAUGGAUCGAGCAUGUCAUAUGAUGUGAAACUUGGUGUUGACGGCAAAAUUGUGCUUCAAUAUGCAGACCUGCCUCGUUCUGUUGAUAAGACUACACUUGUAAUUGGCAUCUCUGUGUCAAGCAUCAUUUUUAUUGGCAUUAUAAUAAUCAUUAUUUACCGUUGCCUGCUGGAGCUGUAUGACAUUAGAGAAUAUCAGAACUUUGUCAAAGCGCAGGAGCAGACCAACUGGAAAGAGGCCCAGAAUCCUCUUUUCAAAGGUGCAACCACAACGGUGUACAACCCUUUGCAUGACAAAGAAAACGAAAAGGAUUUUGAGUCAAUUUAAUUUAAGGAGAGAGAGUGUCUCUUGGAGUUUGCAAUUGUGAUAUCCUAUUUUUGCAUUUUUUUUAUUGUAUAUCUUACAUUUUGUCAAUAUCAUAAAAAUCUAUAUUCUAAGCUAACAAUAAAACAUUUAAAUACA